AUGCUCGGCGCCCGGGUCGCGGCCCACCUGGACGCACUGGGCCCGCUGGCCCCCUACGUGCCGCCACCGCUGCUGCCCUCUAUGUUCUACGUGGGCCUGUUCUUCGUCAACGUGCUGGUCCUCUACUACGCCUUCCUCAUGGAGUACAUCGUCCUCAACGUGGGCCUCGUCUUCCUGCCUGAGGACAUGGACCAGGCGCUCGUGGACCUGGGUGUGCUUUCGGACCCGGGCUCGGGUCUCUACGACGCCGACUCGGAGCUGGACGUCUUCGAUGGAUACUUGGAGUAG